CGCUGCCGAUGCUAUGACUAAAUAGCUUGUGUUGGGUGUGUCAGGUGAAAUGAAUUGUUUGCCAUCGUCGUUGAUCGGUAUUUAAGCGCAUUUGUUUUAGUUUACCAUACGUGCCUUAUAGUUUAUUGGAAAACGAAAGGGGAAAAGUGCGCAGUUCCGGUACUCAGGGGCGGAUAGUAAACAACUUCCGCUCGACGAUGGGUUUACUGUGGCGCAGCUAUGGGCUGUUCGCUGUGCUCACGCUGAUGGGCGUGUUGGCCCAGUACGAAUGGCAACCAAAGGACGCGUUCGAUGAAAUCAAGGUACGGUUCGAUAAGGUGAACGCCGACAACUGUCCAAUUUUGCCGCCGCGCGAUUUAACGCUGCCCGAGGAUAGCGUAUCCCACCUGCCGGACAUAAAGGAUGUAAACAUUAAUCCGGUAUUUCCCAACCGGACGGCGCUGCUGCACCUGCACAACAUGGCACUGAGUCGUGCAUUCUUCUGGAGCUACAUCCUGCAGAGUCGCUUCAUCCGGCCGGCCAUUAACGAUACGUACGAUCCUGGCAUGAUGUACUACUUCCUGUCGACGGUGGCGGACGUCUCGUCGAACAGGCACAUCAACGCCUCCGCCAUCUACUUUGCACCCAACUCAUCGUUCUCGUCCUCCUACCGUGGAUUCUUCAACAAGACGUUCCCCCGGUUUGCGCCGCGUACCUACCGGGAGGAUGAUUUUAACGAUCCGAUUCAUCUGGAGAAAAUUUCCACCCUAAACACGUUCUACGUGCGCGAUUUGGGGGCAUUCCCGCCGGAUUCGGCACUGCACGAUUAUACGAUCAAGAACUAUCACAUUAACGAGUGGUACAAUCUGUGGCUGCCGGACAAUGUGGACAAGCGGCACGACACGAAAACGACGUAUCAGGUGGAGAUUCGGUACGCGAACAACACGAACGAAACGUUCACGUUUCACGGGCCGCCGGGUGCGGACGAAGAUCCGGGUCCGGUGAAAUUUACCAAACCGUACUUUGAUUGCCGCCGGUCGAACAAGUGGCUGGUGUCGGCCGUUACACCGAUCGCUGAUAUUUACCCACGCCAUACACAGUUCCGGCACAUCGAAUACCCGACAUAUACAGCCGUUUCGGUGCUGGAAAUGGACUUCGAACGAAUCGACAUUAACCAAUGUCCGAAGGGUGAAGGUAACAAGGGUCCGAACAUAUUCGCGGACACGGCACGCUGCAAGAAGGAAACGACCGAAUGCGAACCGAUAGAUGGAUGGGGAUUCCGGCGCGGUGGCUACCAGUGCCGCUGUAAGCCGGGCUAUCGCUUGCCGGGUGUUGUGAGGAGACCGUACCUGGGCGAGAUACUGGAGCGUGCAUCGGACGAACAGUUUUACAAUGGGUUCGAUUGUAUGAAAAUUGGAUGGGUGCAGAAGGUGCCGAUCAAGUGGUUCCGUGCACCGACGUACGUACGGGAACAGUACCUCAACCGGUACUACGAGUACAAAAACUACACGACCGGCCCGAGCUCGCUCCACUCGCACAAGCUCAACAUUAACGAGGUGCUCAAGUUCAUUCUGGGCGUAAAUGCACGCUCGUGCAAGAACUACCAUCCGCAGGAUCUGAUGCUGACGGGCGAGUUUGCGUACGAAGCGCAGAAGCAGUUCGAAAACGAAGCCAAAAUGGCCAUCCGUUUGGCGAACUUUAUCAGUGCCUUCCUGCAGAUAUCGGACCCGACCGAGGUGUACUCGGGCAAGCGGGUCGCCGACAAACCGCUGACCGAGGAUCAGAUGAUGGGCGAAACGUUGGCGCUGGUGCUCGGCAACACGCGCAUCUGGUCGGCCGCCACCCUGUGGGAUCGGCGCAAGUUCCCCAACCGCACCCUGUUCGGACCGUACGCGUACAAGCGCGAGCUGAACACGCGCAAAUUCAACAUGGAAGAUUUGGCGCGGUACAACAAGACGGGCGACGAGUACAUCGACAAACCGUACUUCCGGCUGCUGAAGCAGCGGUGGGCCACGAAUUUCGAUUCGCUCGAAAAGUACUACCUCAAGAUACGGUUGCGCCACAACGAGACGGGCGAGUAUGCGCAGCGGUACGAGCAUUACCCGAACUUUUACCACGCGGCCACGAUGGCUCAUGGCUACUGGACGACGCCCGAGUACGACUGCAAGGGAUACGUGAAGAAGUGGCUCAUAACGUACGCGGUGCCAUUCUUCGGCUGGGACAGCCUGAAGGCGAAGCUGGAGUUCAAGGGAAUCGUUGCAGUUUCAAUGAACAUGCUCCAGCUGGAUAUCAACCAAUGUCCGGAUGAUUAUUAUGAGCCGAAUGCAUUCAAAAACACUCACAAAUGCGACGAGAAGUCUUCAUACUGUGUCCCGAUCCUGGGCCGUGGGUACGAAACGGGCGGCUAUAAGUGCGAGUGUCUGCAAGGGUUCGAGUACCCGUACGAGGAUCUGAUCACCUACUACGACGGGCAGCUGGUCGAGGCCGAGUUCGAGAACAUCGUGAAUGAUAAGGAAUCGCGGUUCGAAACGUUCAAGUGCCGUCUGGCCGGGGCUGCCGCACUGCAGGUGCAGUUUACCAUCCUGGCCUUUGUCGUACUGUUCGGCUGGAUUAUGCUGCGCCGUAAUCAGUGUUAGUACGCGGGGAAGGUGGGUUUAGUUUUAAGUAGCUGGUUUUUCCACAGCCAAAAGUGCCGAUCGAUGUAAGGAAAUUUUAACAUUCUCAAGCUAACGAAACCAUUCCAUCCAACGUGGUGCAAGGGAAACGUCCUGGUAUCUCGAGAACCGCCACCACCACUAGCCAGGUAAGGUAACGCUACCUUCUAAUGUAAUGUAAAAUGCUACUCGUUAGAGAUUUAUUCCAUCCAGCCUGAUUUGAAGAUCUGGGGUAACUGAUGCCGUCCGAUGCAUUCCGUUCCACGUGGAACAGUUUUUUAGGUAUUAAAAUCCAUCCAGUAGUGUCGUAAGAGAUUUUUAUGCAGAAGCUCUUUUGAAUGCUUCUCUAGUGUAAUGAUGGAAACGAACCGAAUCUCUGCAUAUGGGAAGAUACCUGUAAUUUUUUUGUUUACCAAUAUGAACUUAGAAGCAAUAAAUUCUUAAAGCUCAACGAA